GGAAAGUAGUCCACCUUAAGCGCGCAUAGUGGUGUAAACGCAGGCGUAGAGCGAGGCUUCCGCUUCAUUCCCAGCCGGGCUCGGAGCGGAUCACUUCGGAGGCGAGAGAGAGGCGCUCGGCCCAAGCCAACGGAACCAGUGCUGCAACAUGUCGGAGCCGAAAUACCGAGAAUGGAUCCUAGAAACCAUCGACUCCCUGCGCUCGAGAAAAGCCCGGCCGGACCUGGAAAGGAUCUGCCGAAUGGUCCGAAGAAGACACGGCUCAGACCCGGACAAAACCAGGGCUGAACUAGAAAAACUGAUCCAAGAGCAAACUGUGCUGAAAGUUAGCUACAAGGGGUCCAUUUCGUACCGGAACGCUGCUAAAGUGCAAAGAAAAUGCAGAAAGAGAACGGAGCAAACCACCGGCAGCGGCGAGUCGCUCGGUGAACACGACAAACACGCCAGCUUCAGUCACAACGGCGACAGCGCGCUCAGCCUCACGGACCAAGAGGAGUGCGAGGACAAGGAGCCCGAGGACCCCGGGGUGAGUCCGUGUUCAGACCCCCUGCCUCAAACCUCGCCCUCCACUCUCGAAAAGGAAGACAAGGUUUUACCCCUACCUAGCGGAAACAGUUUUGUGAGUUGUGGCGCAACGGGCCACUCCGCCGGGAGCGUGAAAGCAAGUGCAUCGAGAGACAAGAGAUUAGUCGCUGAGGCGGGGGCGAGCGGCGCCUCUCUCCACCGCGAUGCCUCGAGCGCGAGCGGACGGGCCGAAGGAGACACGCCGCUCGCCGCUGGCCACGAGGGCAGAGAUGAGGAUGAGGAUGAAGAGAAAGAAGAGAAAACUUGCUCGAGCGUCAGCGGUUCGCUUCCGAGAAACAAGAUCCCCGCGUCGCCCAAACCCAAACUCAAGGUGGGCGCAAAGGGCGCCGGGGCGCGCUGCUCGGAGUCUCCGGACGAGAGCAGCGCAGAUCUGGGCGAUAGACUGGUUGCCGCGGUCCGAAGUCUGACCGAGAGACACCGGGGCUCUGCCGCAACGCGGGGCCACGCACCGCCGGGACUAAAAGAGAUCCUCGACUUCCUCAGCACACAGCGAGGGAUGCCCGAGGAGAAGCUGACCCGCAACCGCGUUAAAGUGGUGCUGGAGCGCGAGAUCGAGAGGGGUCGGCUCCGCAGGACCCGCCUGGGCCACAUCGCUCUUCCCGCGAGGGGGAUGGGGGCGGCCAAGCCGUCCGCGCGGCUCCUGAAGAGCGCACUGCAGGACAGACAUCUCGCGACAAAGGAGGAGGUGAAGGAGGAGGAAAGGAUGGAGGUGGAGAGUGAGGAGCGUGGGCCAGAGGAAAACAUAGCGGUCCCAGCGGAGGAUUCUCCCCAGAGCGUCUCUGAUGGUCUCAAAGCUUGCACUGACCCAAACUCACCUGACACGGAGGUCGAGACCGAUAACGGCACCAACUCACCACUGACCUCCGAGGGGAAGUCCCAGUCCUCUUCAUCGCUGGAGACGUCAAACCAGAGCUCCUUACAGCAGGAAGUAGACGUGGGUGGAAGUGAAGAGCAGACAACGUCAGUCGAGCCUGAGGAUGCUGGUCCUGAGAAAAACACAGAUGCGCUUGAUCAGCUACAUCCCAGCAUUGAGGAUCAGGUGGUUGUGAUGUCAGAGACUGUAAAGGCUCCAUCGUCAAUAGCUAUAAGAAACUGUUCAGGCUGUAAGCUGGAAGUGGGAGUGUCGUCUUGUCUGCUGACCCCCUCUGCUUCACCAGGAGCGGCUGAAGAACGAGGGAUGAAUGAAGGAAUAGGUGGCUUUGUGAAGUUGGAGACGGGUGACAUGAGCCCGGUGGACUGGACUGUAGCAGACGUGGCCAGCUACUUCACCGCGGCUGGAUUUCCAGAGCAGGCGCUCGCCUUCAGGACACAGGAGAUCGACGGGAAGUCCCUCCUUCUGAUGCAAAGGAAUGAUGUGCUGACAGGCCUGUCAAUCAGACUUGGUCCCGCCCUAAAGAUCUAUGAAAGACACGUGAAGGUUCUGCAGAGGACCCAUUUCCAAGAUGACGAAGCUUUCUGCUGAUACACACACACACACAUACACACACACACACACACACACACACACACACACACACACAUAUAUUAGCCAUUGUACAUGACAAAAUACACCUGUACAUAUACCUACAAAUAUUUACUCGUCCCAGUAAUGCGCAUAUUCUUGAAAACAUUCAGUGUGACUGUUCAGGACUUGUUUUUUUCUUACACACAAAUGUAAUUUUUUUUUUCAAUCAGUAAUUCCAUGAAAGAACUUCCAGUAAUGGAAAGAACUUCGGCCUGAAAAAAAAAAAAAGAGUAAAAUGAACUGAACUAAGCAGAAGCAUGGAGUGAGUUUAGGACAAAGAAAACUGAAGAGUUUCUUUUUUUGGAAAGACUGCAGUUCUUUUCAGUUAAUGCUGCUCUGAUGGAUACCAGAGUUUGGAUUGUGACCUUUGACCCUGAAUACAUUUCAUCAAGUGGGUAUUUUUUUCUGCAGUACUUAUUCAGUCCAGUAGAGAGAACAGAGAGAGAGCAUCAUUUUUUCUUCGUGACCUCACUGGUUUCAACUUUGUUACUGAAACCAAACAAAGGCUGGAUGGUUUCCACUGCACACAAAACGUUUUGUUAAAUAAACUGGUUACAGUUUGAAAGAAGUACAUUCUGAUUGCAUAUUAGCUCUUGACAUUAACUCUUUUGCAAUGACACGGAAACCCUUGUCUUCCCGCAGUGAUGGACUGAAUCUUCCUUCCUGACAUUCUGAAAUGAGCUUCUAAUGUUCCUUCCAGUGUUCUUGCAUCUUGCAAUGUUAUGUCAGAAAAAAACUUUGUAUGUUUGUGCAGAUCUCUUCAGCGCAUCUCACAGAGGAUCUCCCUUUAAGGUGACUUUGACACCUUUAAUCUCGGAUUUGCCAGCCAUGACGUGUGGAAUAUCACCAUUAAUAACUGAGCUUAAUUUUUGUAAAUAUCAAUCAAUUUUUUAAGGUGAAGUCCAAGUUGUGAAGCAUAUUCCUUCACCAGCAGUUGAAGAAUGUGUCUGAAUGUCCUCAAAUGCACAGAAAGCCCCAAAGCCAUGCAGCUCUUGAACUUAGCAGUUUGUGAAAUAUAUGCGUAUCAGCCCAUCAGAAGAAUAUUGUGGGAACUGAGAAAACUAUUUGUGUAAAACAAUCAAAUAAUAAUGGAAGGGUCCAUUUAACAAAUGACAAGAACUGACUCGUGAGAGAAGAGAUGUGGAAAUGGGACGCAUUGAAUUGCUAAGAUGUUUGUUAACCUGCGCUUUAGCUCCAGAGUAUUUUGCGUCGUUGGACUGAUCGCACAUACAGAUGGAUCCAUCACACUUGUAAAUAGGACUGUUACUGAUUCUGUUACAGGUUCAUUUCCAUCGUGAAGAAACCCUGAAUGAGUUUAAAUUGCUCAGUGCAAUAGGUCAGCCUGAUUUCUGAUUAGAGUAACCUUUGUUUUGCCUGACAAUUGUAGCACCUUGAAUUCCUCAAACUCUUGAUUUAUUUAUUCCUUUGUAUGUUUGUUUAUAAAAUUGUAUCUUAAUUUUUCUAACGUUAACAACUACCUGUCUAAAAUGCGUGGCUGUUCUUUGGUUGAUUUACAGUCUAAAGACCUCUUGCAACAGAAAGCUGGAGCUCACUGCGAUGUUGAUAAUGCCUGCAGUUUCUCUUUUCUACUCUGAAACUAUUAAUGAAGUAGAAUGUCAACAAACUGUUAAAAGUUUGUUUUCUGUGUUCUCAGCGAGUCUAAAAAAAAGACAAAAAGCUACAAAUGUUCCAGGGUUUGCCAGCAGAGGGUGACAUGGAGACCGAAAUGUUUGGUCUGGGAUACAAUAGUAAAUGCCAUCAGGGUAUAUGUUUACCUACAGCCAUAAGUUACAGCGUCCACCUUGAUGAAUGUAGAUGCUGGGAGUGACUCGAAAAGAAUAAUGCAUUGUCCAAUCAUUGUGCAAGUUAUUGAAUGUCUAAGUAUGCUUUCAUUUGUGUUCAUUUUGAGGAACUUCAGUCUUACUCAGUUGUUUCUGUAUGUCAUUCCACCAUUUAUGUUGUUUUAUGAGAAAAAGGGAAAGCUUUUUGAUUACUUGCAUUAAAAAGGACUUUCCAGAUGA